AAAGGCACAGUACCCGACGGCCGGAAAAUGGAGGCCGCCGGGGCGGAGGCAGGCGGGGAGCGGAAGGCGGCCCGCGAAGCGAGAGUUAGGGGCGGGGGCGGACCAAGGACUGGACUCCAUUUCCCAGUGGCUCUGUGUGUGCAGAGUGUGCGCAGAGGCACGGCGUUGGGCGGAAGAUGGCGGCGGCUGCGGCGUCUGCGAAGAGCCACUGCUGAGGGGGCGCGAGGGCCACGGAGGCUGGAGCCGCGAGAACACCUGAGGGCAACCAUGGCAAGUGGCAGCGGGGACAAUGUCACUCGCCGGAGUGUGGCAUCACAGUUUUUCACACAAGAGGAGGGACCGGGCAUCGAUGGGAUGACCACCUCAGAGAGGGUGGUGGAUCUCCUGAACCAGGCAGCACUGAUCACCAAUGACUCAAAGAUCACAGUGCUCAAACAGGUCCAGGAACUGAUCAUCAACAAAGACCCCACACUACUGGACAACUUCCUGGAUGAGAUCAUCGCUUUCCAAGCAGACAAGUCAAUCGAAGUCCGAAAAUUUGUCAUUGGCUUCAUUGAGGAGGCAUGCAAGCGAGACAUUGAGUUACUGCUGAAACUGAUUGCAAACCUCAACAUGCUCCUGAGGGAUGAGAAUGUGAAUGUGGUGAAGAAGGCCAUCCUCACCAUGACCCAGCUCUACAAGGUGGCCCUGCAGUGGAUGGUGAAGUCACGGGUCAUCAGUGAUCUCCAAGAGGCCUGCUGGGACAUGGUGUCUGCCAUGGCUGGGGACAUCAUCCUACUGUUGGACUCUGACAAUGAUGGCAUCCGCACCCAUGCCAUUAAGUUUGUGGAGGGCCUCAUUGUCACCCUGUCACCCCGCAUGGCCGACUCAGAGGUUCCUCGACGCCAGGAGCAUGACAUCAGCCUGGACCGCAUCCCUCGCGACCACCCCUAUAUCCAGUACAAUGUGCUGUGGGAAGAAGGCAAGGCAGCCUUGGAGCAGCUGCUCAAGUUCAUGGUGCACCCUGCCAUCUCCUCCAUUAAUCUGACCACGGCCCUGGGCUCCCUCGCCAAUAUCGCCCGCCAGAGACCCAUGUUCAUGUCGGAGGUGAUCCAGGCCUAUGAAACCCUACAUGCCAACCUGCCCCCGACGCUGGCCAAAUCUCAGGUGAGCAGUGUGCGCAAGAACCUCAAGUUGCACCUGUUGAGUGUGCUCAAACACCCGGCCUCCUUGGAGUUCCAGGCCCAGAUCACCACCCUGCUGGUGGACCUGGGCACGCCUCAGGCUGAGAUCGCCCGCAACAUGCCCAGUGGCAAGGACGGCCGCAAGAGGCCCCGAGAUGACUCAGACUCCACGCUGAAGAAGAUGAAGCUAGAGCCCAACCUAGGCGAAGAUGAUGAGGAUAAGGACUUGGAGCCUGGCCCCUCGGGGACCUCGAAGGCUUCGGCCCAGAUCUCAGGCCAGUCAGACACAGACAUCACAGCUGAGUUCCUGCAGCCUCUGCUGACGCCCGACAAUGUGGCCAACCUGGUCCUCAUCAGCAUGGUGUAUCUGCCUGAGACCAUGCCCGCCUCCUUCCAAGCCAUCUACACCCCCGUGGAGUCAGCAGGCACUGACGCCCAGAUCAAGCACCUGGCUCGGCUGAUGGCCACCCAGAUGACAGCGGCAGGACUGGGUCCAGGCGUGGAGCAGACCAAACAGUGUAAGGAGGAGCCCAAGGAGGAGAAGGUGGUGAAGCCGGAGAGCGUCCUGAUCAAGAGGCGCCUGUCUGCCCAGGGCCAAGCCAUCUCAGUGGUGGGCUCUCUGAGCUCCAUGUCCCCCCUGGAGGAGGAGGUGCCUCAAGCCAAGAGGAGGCCAGAGCCCAUCAUCCCCGUCACGCAGCCCCGGUUGGCAGGUGCCGGUGGGCGCAAGAAGAUCUUCCGUCUGAGUGAGGUGCUGAAGCCCCUGACGGACGUCGAGGUGGAGGCCAUGAAGCUGGGCGCUGUGAAGCGGAUCCUGCGGGCCGAGAAAGCCGUGGCCUGCAGUGGGGCAGCCCAGGUGCGCGUCAAGAUCCUGGCCAGCCUGGUGACACAGUUUCACUCAGGCCUCAAGGCUGAGGUCCUGUCCUUCAUCCUGGAGGAUGUGCGGGCCCGUCUGGACCUGGCCUUCGCCUGGCUCUACCAGGAGUACAGUGCCUACCUAGCAGCCGGGUCCUCUGGCUUCCUGGACAAGUACGAGGACUGCCUCAUCCGCCUGCUGUCUGGCCUGCAGGAGAAACCAGACCAGAAGGACGGGUGCGCUCCCAGGCCCUGCUGUUCAUCAAGCGCAUGUAUGAGAAGGAGCAGCUACGAGAGUAUGUGGAGAAAUUUGCCCUCAACUACCUGCAGCUCUUGGUGCACCCCAACCCGCCAUCUGUGCUCUUUGGGGCCGACAAGGACACAGAGGUGGCAGCACCCUGGACCGAGGAGACCGUGAAGCAGUGUCUGUACCUCUACCUGGCCCUCCUGCCUCAGAACCAUAAGCUGAUCCACGAGCUGGCAGCCGUGUACACCGAGGCCAUUGCUGACAUCAAACGGACGGUGCUGAGGGUCAUCGAGCAGCCGAUCCGAGGGAUGGGCAUGAACUCGCCAGAGCUGCUCCUGCUGGUGGAAAACUGCCCCAAAGGGGCGGAGACCCUGGUCACCCGAUGUCUGCACAGCCUCACAGAUAAAGUCCCACCCUCCCCAGAGCUGGUGAAGCGGGUCCGGGACCUCUACCACAAGCGGCUGCCCGAUGUCCGCUUCCUUAUCCCAGUGCUCAACGGGCUGGAGAAGAAAGAGGUGAUCCAGGCCCUGCCUAAGCUCAUCAAGCUCAACCCCAUCGUGGUGAAGGAGGUCUUCAACCGCCUGCUGGGUACCCAGCAUGGUGAAGGGAACUCGGCCUUGUCCCCCCUGAACCCCGGAGAGCUCCUGAUCGCAUUACACAACAUCGACUCAGUGAAGUGUGACAUGAAAUCCAUCAUCAAAGCCACCAACCUGUGUUUUGCGGAGCGGAACGUGUACACGUCAGAGGUGCUCGCCGUGGUGAUGCAGCAGCUGAUGGAGCAGAGUCCCCUGCCCAUGCUGCUUAUGAGGACCGUCAUCCAGUCCCUGACCAUGUACCCCCGCCUGGGGGGCUUCGUCAUGAACAUCCUGUCCCGCCUCAUCAUGAAGCAGGUGUGGAAGUAUCCCAAGGUGUGGGAGGGCUUCAUCAAGUGCUGCCAGCGCACCAAGCCCCAGAGCUUCCAGGUCAUCCUGCAGCUGCCACCCCAGCAGCUGGGAGCCGUCUUUGACAAGUGCCCCGAGCUCCGGGAGCCCCUGCUGGCCCACGUGCGCUCCUUCACCCCCCACCAGCAAGCACACAUUCCCAACUCCAUCAUGACCAUCUUGGAGGCCAGCGGCAAGCAGGAGCCAGAGGCCAAGGAGGCACCUGCCGGCCCCCUGGAAGAGGACGACCUGGAGCCCCUGGCUCUGGCCCCGGCCCCGGCCCCCCGGCCCCCUCAGGACCUCAUCGGCCUGCGGCUAGCCCAGGAGAAGGCCCUGAAGCGGCAGCUGGAGGAGGAACAGAAGCUGAAGCCCGGGGGUGCGGGAGCCCCUGCCGCUGCCCCCGCCCCCGCCCGGCCCGGCCCGCCCCCACCCGACGAGACCAUGGAUUUCCGGGAGGAGGGAGCUGAGUGCGAGACCCCGGCCAUCUUCAUCAGCAUGGAUGAGGACUCGAGUCUGACCGAGGCCGCCCUCCUGGACUCUAGUCUCGAGGGGCCUCUGCCAAAGGAGGCAGCAGCGGGCGGGGUGGCCGCAAAGGAAGAGCGGAGCCCGCAGAACCUGGCCCCUACGGGGGAAGACGGUGCCGUGAAGACGCCCAGCCCAGCGGCCGAGGAAUCCGGGGACCCCGAGACCAAGGGGAACAGCUGACGGGGCUGAGAGCGGACGGAGGGGGAGGGGGGCGCUGGCCACCGGGGCUUCGCCCUAAAAUUAAAUAAAGGAGAUGGCUCUC